AUGGAUGUUUUCGACGGAAACAAAUCCCUCAACACAAUUCUCCUCCUCAUCACAACCAUAAUCGUCGCAAAACUCAUUUCAUCAUUCAUCAUCCCCAAAUCCCGCAAACGCCUCCCCCCAAUUCUUCCAGGAUGGCCCAUCAUCGGCGGCCUCUUCCGUUUCCUCAAAGGUCCAAUCUUUAUGCUCCGUGAACAAUACCCUAAACUCGGAGCCGUUUUCACCUUGAGAAUCUUCCACAAAAACAUCACCUUUUUGAUUGGUCCUGAGGAGCAGUUUAGGUUUUUUACGGAAGCGCUUAGGGUUAAUAAGCUUAAGAGUUAUGUUAAUCAGAUGGUUUCUGAAGCUCAGGACUAUUUCUCAAAGUGGGGAUCAAGUGGUGAAGUUGAUUUGAAGUAUGAACUUGAGCAUCUGAUCAUCUUGACAGCCAGUAGAUGUCUGUUGGGACGUGAAGUUCGUGACAAGCUCUUUGACGAUGUCUCUGCAUUGUUCCAUGACCUCGACAAUGGAAUGCUUCCAAUCAGUGUUCUUUUCCCAUACCUACCAAUCCCAGCUCACAGACGCCGAGACAACGCACGCAAGAAGCUCGCUGAAAUUUUUGCAAACAUUAUAACUUCACGAAAAGGUUCUGACAAAUCAGAGGACGACAUGCUGCAGUGCUUCAUUGACUCAAAAUACAAAGACGGCCGCCCUACAACAGAAUCCGAAGUCACUGGUCUCCUCAUUGCUGCUCUGUUUGCGGGGCAGCACACCAGUUCAAUCACCUCAACUUGGACCGGAGCAUAUCUCCUGUGUAACAAACAGUACCUUUCUGGUGUGGUGGAGGAGCAGAAGAACUUGAUGGCGAAACACGGCGAUAGAGUUGAUCACGAUGUUUUGGCCGAGAUGGACGUCUUGUAUAGGUGCAUUAAAGAAGCCUUGAGACUCCACCCUCCAUUGAUUAUGCUGCUUCGAAGCUCACACAGCGAUUUUAGCGUCACUACCAGAGAAGGGAAAGAGUAUGACAUUCCCAAGGGUCAUAUAGUUGCAACAUCCCCUGCAUUUGCAAACAGGUUACCUCAUAUUUUCAAUGAACCCGAUAAGUAUGAUCCUGAUAGGUAUGCUGUAGGGAGGGAAGAAGACAAGGCGGCAGGGGCAUUCUCGUACAUUUCCUUUGGAGGUGGUAGACAUGGAUGCCUUGGAGAGCCUUUUGCAUAUCUGCAGAUUAAAGCAAUUUGGACUCAUCUUCUUAGAAACUUUGAACUGGAGCUUCUCUCACCUUUCCCUGAGAUUGAUUGGAAUGCCAUGGUUGUUGGAGUGAAAGGAAAAGUUAUGGUCCGAUACAAGCGAAGGGAGCUUUCUGUUGAUCAAUAG